AUUAUUAUCGAGCGCUUUACGCGGAUGCAGGAGUAAAGUAAUUGACAAUAAACGCAUCGAAUGCAGUCGACAUCGCCCAGUCUGUUUGUGUAGCGCUUUUUAUUGUCAUUUUAUCAAUGACACAUCUAUACUCGGAAGGCAUUGUGUGAACUCUGCAGUCGCUGACAAACAUCUGUUACGACCAGGAGACAUGGAACAUAUCCGAACCCCAAAGGUGGAGCAGGUCCGACUGUUGGAUCGCUUCAGCAACAAAUCCACCAGCGGCACACUGUACCUCACCGCCACGCACCUCAUCUUUGUGGAGAGCGGGUCCAAUGGCUCAACGACGUCUGCCGGACAGGAGAUUUGGAUUUUGCACCACCACAUCGCAUCUGUGGAGAAGCUGUCGCUCACCACCACAGGAUGCCCGCUUGUCAUUCAGUGUCGUAAUUUCCGAGUGGUUCACUUUGUGGUGCAGCGAGAACGCGACUGCCAUGACGUCUACAGCUCGUUGCUGCGUCUUCUUCGGCCCGAAUCCUACGAUGAGCUCUACGCGUUCUCCUACAACCCCAAACAGAAUGACCAGCAGCGGGAGGAAGGUUGGCAGCUCAUUGACCUGGGGGCGGAGUUUGAGAGGAUGGGUGUCCCCUGUGACCAAUGGCAACUCACCGACGUCAACCGAGACUACAAGAUCUGCGAGACGUAUCCACGCGACCUGUACGUUCCCAUCACGGCCAGUAAGCCCAUUAUCGUGGGAAGUUCCAAGUUCAGGAGCAAAGGACGCUUCCCCGUGCUGACUUACUUCUACCAGGAAAAGAAGGCGGCAGUGUGUCGGUGCAGCCAGCCUCUGUCUGGGUUCAGCGCGCGCUGCUUAGAAGACGAGAGCAUGCUUCAGGCCAUCAGCAAGGCCAAUCACAACAGCCGAUUUGUUUACGUUAUGGAUACAAGACCGAAACUUAACGCACUCGCCAACCGAGCGGCGGGCAAAGGCUACGAAAACGAGGACAACUACUCAAACAUCCGCUUCCAGUUUGUGGGCAUCGAGAACAUCCACGUGAUGAGGACCAGUUUGCAGAAGCUACUGGAAGUUACCGGAACGAGGGCUCUCUCCAUGAGCGACUUCCUGGUUGGACUGGAGAGCUGUGGUUGGUUGAGGCACAUCAAGGCUAUCGUGGAUGCGGCGAUCUUUCUGGCGAAGUCAGUGACUGUGGAAGGGGCAAGCGUGUUGGUUCACUGUUCCGACGGGUGGGACCGGACGGCCCAGGUGUGCUCUUUGGGGUCUCUGCUCAUGGAUCCGUACUACCGCACCAUCAAGGGCUUCAUGGUGCUGAUCGAGAAGGACUGGAUCUCCUUUGGACACAAGUUUGCAGACAGGUGUGACCAGUUGGAUGGAGACCCAAAGGAAGUGUCGCCUAUCUUCACUCAAUUCCUGGAGUGCGUCUGGCAGCUUUCCGAGCAGUUCCCUCAGGCGUUCGAGUUCAGCGAGUGGUUCCUGCUGCAGAUCCACGAACACGUCCACUCGUGUCAGUACGGAAACUUCCUCGGCAACAACCAGAGACAGAGAGAAGACCUGCAGUUGAGAGAUCGAACUCACUCGUUGUGGGCGUACCUCCUGAGCGAAAAAAACAACUACUUGAAUCCUUUCUACGACCCGGCGUACGCCGAAGCGCACCCGGUGUUGGAGCCCUGCACCUUGCCCUACCACUUCAAGUUCUGGAGAAAUAUGUACCACCAGUUUGAUCGCUCCAUGCACCCCCGCCAGUCCAUCCUGAAAAGCAUUCUGACAGCCAGAGAGAACAGUCAAAAGGCGGAGAUCAAGCUGCAAGCGCUGGAGACUAGGCUCAAUCAGCUCGGCGUGACGCCCAUCGUGACCGCAGACCCCCCGGCUCCCCCUCCCACAAGGGAUAACCGCUCACUCUCCAACCCUCUGCCACCACGCCCCGACACACUCAUUCUGGGCGCGCCCGUCAAUCACAAAGAAGCCCGGCGUCAGCAAGAAGAGGACGGCGAACACGAGGAAGUCGGCGAGGAGGCCACCGAGAGCACCGACACGGAGCGGACAGUAGAGGGCAGCAGCGGCACGGAGAGUCGAAAGCAGAGCUACGGCGAACUGGAAGGGACAUAUAACAGCGAGCCGGCUAAAGAGGAGCCGGCCGUGGUGAGUCUGGAGUUCGGAGUGGCGCGCAUGACCUGCUGAAACGUGCGGCGCGGGGGAGACCGUCUUCUUCUUCGUGUGAUUUCCUGUGCUGAUUACGUAAUAGGCCCGAAUGGGCCGCGUUCAUGUCUAUAGUCUAAAUCUCUAUGGAAAGCUUCAUUAUGUCAUAUUGCACCUAUAGAAAUGCAUUGCUUUUCUUUUUUUUAAUGAAUGUUGGGACGCACAAUAGAGAAUUAAUGAAAUGAAUAAGAUAAUAAAUUCAUCUACAGUAAA